UUUAUUUCAUGAUUAAGAAAGCAUAUUUCAUGUUAUAAACCUCAAAUCUAUGUUUUUUUGGUUUAUUUUUCUACUUUGUUUCAUACUUCCUUCAAAUGUGGAGAUUUACAUGGCUUUUUUUAUGUUUUGAUUUAUUUCAAACAUAUUUGUAACUAUGAUCAAUACUAUAAGAUCAAUGGCACCAUCUACACUUAACCAACAUAGGUCGGUUGCAGCCCUACAUCACGUCCCUACAAAGUUUCCUUUCGUGUUAUUUGAUGACGUUGAGAGCGAUGACUUACCAAAAUUUAAGAGUAUCGUAGCCAGAAUCGUUGUUAAGUUCCCUAGACGUCAUGACAGCCAACAUUUUAUUCUACAAGACAUCACUGUAAGUCACUGGGUCAAACAUUAAAACAUAAAUAAAUGAAGUCAACGUAUUUCUCUUACUCAUACGACGUGCAUUCUGAAAUGACUAGGGGUCAAAAAUAGAAGCGAUUUCAUACCGCGCUAAUGUCCAAAGAUUUGACACCUUACUCCAACAAGGAUCUACAUAUACAUUAUAUGGAGUGGCGUUCUAUGUAAGCUGGGGGCCGUAUCUAUUUCGGAAUUUUGGACAUAGGCUAGAAUUGACCUUGGCAUCUCGGACUGUUGUGGAACCAUUCCACUUGCCAAUUCAGUUCCCGCCUUAUCCAAAACAUCUUAUGCCAUUUCAUGAGGUCCUCCAACAACCUCAUAAGAGGUUUAUAGAUGUAAUAGGAAUUGUCAUUCAUUUGGCGCCGUUAGAGCACAUCGGUGGAAGGCCGUACAGAGAGGCCAUACUAAUGGAUUCCAGGUGGGAUAUAAUCGUCGUGGGUAUAUGGCCUGAACUGUUGCAAAGAAAUGCUCUACGGUGGGUGUUAGCUAGAGAAAACAAGAGCAUAAUUAUCGGAACUAUGCUGCGUCGUAACAAGCUACACAGAUGCUUGCAAACCUCGGACCAUAGCACUGUUGAAUUCGAUCCAGAUCAUCACACCACACAACGGUUGCAGACAAUUCGGCGCUCCAUGAUCCAAAAUCCGAGGAGUGCUUUAAUCAACAAUUAUCUAGAGAGGAGACGCGCUUAUCUGGCGACAGUGGUUCCGGAUGUGUAGUGUGAUAGCUUGUUAUCAACUAAAGAUGGUCACAAUUAUUUGUAUUUCGUCGUUUAUGUAUUAAAAACUGGCUCUUUGUUGUGUUG